AUGAUUGGUGUAGUUAGUUCAAAAGUCAUGGACCUCACAAUAGGUACAAUUGAAAAUAUCGAUCCCUUUGAAAACGCGGAAGUUGAGAUACGUGGUGGGAUCGUAAAAAUAAAAGUAGCAAAAGCGACAAAUCCCUUAAAAAAAUUGAAAAUCAACUAUGUCUGUUAUUGA